GUUCCCUCUUCGACUAUUCGAUUGCAGCUACAACAAAUUAAUUUUUUACGAAGAAAGUGUUUUGUAUUGUUACUAUGUUAUCAGUUUCGUGAUUGUGGGUCUCCUUGUCUUGCGUUUCGUUUAUCAUUGCGAAUUUUUGUGACAAUGGAUGAAAAAGAUAAGGCUCAGCACAACAUGAUUUCCAACUUGCCACUCCUGUUCGCGAACGGAUAUCCAACGUCUCUAGAGAAGAUAACGGAACCGCAACUAGAAAACUUUAUUCCAUUUAUGGUGCAGUGCUCUUUAGGACAUAUAAACUUACCAAAGAAAGUUGAUUGCAGCGAACCAGAGUGGUGGCCUGAAAAUGCACCUUUUGAAAUUCCACUAAAAAAGCCGAAAUCAUUCGUAGGGAACUGGAUGGAAAAAAUGAAAGAAAUUGUGGUCAUAUGCUAUCAAUUUCACAAAAGCCUAUUUUUAUUAAGGUUUUGUAAUGAUUUAGCUGCAUAUGAGCAUGCCAGUUUGAGAUUCAUAAAUAAUUAUAACUCAACCACAUCACUUUAUGAUAGGAGAAAUAAUAAAUUGCUGGUCACAUUUCGCAAUGAAAAUAUGUCAUAUGAUAGGCAACAAAAAAGCAGAAAGUGCUUGUUGAUGCAAAAAAAUAACAAUUCAAUUAAUGAAAAUUUACAACAUAUGAUGGUUGAGCCACCACCUUUCGACAUUUAUCUGUGUGACAAUUGUGAUGCGGAACUUUAUUCAAAAGAAGCAAUCCUGGAGCACGAAAAUAUUUGUUGUAUGGAAGAUGAUGUUAUACUAUGUGAUUCCCCAGAGCCAGAAAGCAAAUGCGAGGGGAAAAAUGAGGAUAAUGAACUGCGUAACGCCUUUCUUUUAAACUUUAGCCUGCAAUCCAAAUUUACUAAUACAAGCACAUCUAAUGAGAAACAAAAAACAUAUUCAUUAAGUGAAGAAACAUCAACUGAAAAAAAAUCAAGCAGAAGUAGGCGAUUACCAUCUCGAAGAAAUCGGAAUGUUCAUUCAUUUAAUAGAUGUUCAUUUAUACCGAUAUCAUCACCUGCGGGUCAGCAAUUGUUAAAAUCUACAAAGCAAACCAUAUCUAAGGAAUAUGUUUCGGAAAGGCAGGAACGAUUGGAUCGGUUUUGUUACACGCCAUUAGUUGAUAAAUCCAACACAAGGCAAAAAAUAUUCGAUAGGAAACCGAACACUACCGUUCACUGCACAUUUAAAAAAUCGCAUGAACACAAUUUUCACAUAUAUUCGUUUCCGCGUCGUCAGUUUGUGAAACGCAGAGACACUACUGAAAACUUUUUGUUUUUGAACUCGCCGCUGAUCAAGCAAUGCCGUCCAAUUUCAGUCAGAUUGAAAAAAAUAUCUGAGCAAAUGAUGGAAGAUCCGAAUCCCAUUUCAAACUCAAAACUUAAUAUAAGACUAACGCGCCACAAUUCGCUUAAUUCCCAUUGGAGGAUUUCGCCCUCAAGCGAGGUUGUUGUUGAUACAAUUGACCUAUGCUCCUCUGAUGAUGACGACCAACAGGAAUCGGCAAAUGGAUCUUCUAAAGUACUGGCUUCCGAUGCACUUACUAUAAUAAAACUCACACAUAACAGAAAAUCCAGUCGGCGAUCGAACGAGCCAACUACUUGUGCUGCUGAAUCAGACCCUGCAGGUGAUACAUCUGUUAAACCCCUGCAACAAUCGUUAUACAUUUUUUCUAAUUAUAAGGCUAACUCGGUAUUUAGCCGAUGCAAAGUUGACUCAAUAUCAAAUCAUACAUUGGUUAAUUCAAUGAAUACAUCGAAUACCUUCCCCGACUCGCAAAGACUCAGAAAAGAAUACAAUCAGGAAAACUGCAAUUUUUCUAAGAAAUUGGUCACACUAACAGACUGGUAUGCUCAUUCAGCAAGCCCCGAAAAAAGUACAGCAAGUCAAUCAACAGAGAGCAGUACGUUUGACACUCUGAGCGCUGUGCAGCCGUUCAACAGCACUGGGCGAAUUAUUUCCAUUGAUUUAACUACAUAGACAUUUUAAGUUAAGGAUUGUUAUUUUGCAAGAAAAAAAUAAAUUUAGAAUUAAACUAUUUAAAUAAAUAAGCGUUUUUUUAAUACUUUUUAUAUAUGAUGACUUAAUCUUUUAUUAAAUAAAACCUGAAUUGUGCUAUUUUAUAAA